ACGACGACGUCACAAACAACCUAACAGAGCAGACUUUCAUCCCUCCAUACGCCUAUUGCUCUGACUAGCCACCACGACCCGGUUAUAUCGCAUUAUCUAGACCAUCCAAAAGGCUCUACAACCCGACUGCACGCACCCUCUCGACCCCACAGUCAAUUUGAAGCGAAAUGGCCGACGCACGCGGAGAAUACUGGUAUUUCGACCCCGAUGUCGACGCAAACAAGAUCACCGUCCCCGAGUUGCGCAGUAUUUUGCUCAAGCAUGGCGUCACGUAUCCGUCCUCGGCAAAGAAGGCCGCGUUGGUCAGCUUGUUCAACCAGGCUGUCGCCCCACAGGCGGCCCAGGUCCAAAGGGCAUAUGCACACACCAAGCGAUCGACGAGGGGCAUUGUCGACGUGCCCUCCAGCGCCGACAGCAUGACGACAACGGACGAUGCCGAGGACGAGACACUGCUGCCACCCCAGCCUACGACGAGGCGCACCUCCCGCCGCACAACACGCGCCUCCCCAGAAGAGCCAGACACGUUUGCGCCAGCACCGCGCGCGAAGACGCCGUCCCGUGCCGUGCCCGCGAAACAUGGGAGGGGGCUUGAGGCAGAGGCUGAAGAGCAGCCUGCAGUGAGGCGGAAGAGUUAUGCACCGGUUGUAAAGCAGCCCGCUCAUGAACCCGAAGCAUGGCAUCGCCCCGCCGCCGACAGCCCGUUCACCCAGGAGAACCCUUUCCAGAGUGGGAGCUCUCCAGCGGUGCCUGAUUCUGCGGUGCGCGACCGGAGGAGAAGGACUAUGGGCUCGGAGCAGAAGGAGAAGCGCAAGAGCGAUGCAUUCCGCCGCAAAACUUUCCAGCCUACCACUGAGCAGGUCGAUGAGGGCAUUGUCGUGCCUUCUCGCGGGACGUUCGAUGUGGCAGACCCGCGCGAACAUGAGGAGGAGCCCGAUACUGGGGACACCGGCGAAGAAUUCACCCCAGAAGCACAGCUGGAGCUUGUGCGUGAUCGUGCCAAAGCUGGUGAGAUGGAUAUCCUGCCACCACGGAGACGCAGACAGCCUUCAAAGGCUACAAAAACUCUGAAAGCCAUGUCAGGAACCCUUUUGCUCACUGCUGCCGCAGUGCUAGGUGGGGUUUGGCGUCAAGAGAAGAUUCAAGUCGGCUUUUGCGGCAUCGGGAGGGAGGCUACUGCGCUUGCCGGUGUAGACGUGCCUGUUUGGGCAAGCGACAUUCUUCCGCAGUGCGAACCGUGUCCGCCACACGCUCAAUGCUACAGAGGCUUGGAGCUUACCUGCGAACGUGACUUCAUGAGAAAAGACCAUCCACUUUCGCUCGGAGGACUGAUCCCUCUGCCGCCUACCUGCGAACCUGAUAGCGAGAAGACGCGCAAAGUCACUAGUGUCGCCGACAAGGCCGUGCAGAUUCUACGGCAACGCAGGGCACAGUACGAAUGCGGCGAGCCUGACGCCGAAGGGAACCCGGUGGAGAGCCCUGAAGUGACCGAAGAGGAGCUGAAGCAGCAUAUGGUUACUCAGAAGCGCAAAGGCAUGACGGAUCAAGAGUUCAGUGAGCUUUUUGAUCGAGCUUUCCCCGACAUGACAUUGCGCGAGGAAGUCGUCGAGACAAGCGAUGGAACAACUGGCGGACGACGACUCGCUUCAACGUCCCUCGCCGAACUCUCCCUCUCCUGCAGCGUCCGCCGAUCCCUCCGACAGUCUCUUGAACGACAUCUUCUCCAAAUUGUGACGUUGUUCCUCCUGAUCGCCACGGGCUCGUAUGGAAAGUACACCGUUACCAAUCGCCGGGCCAUGGAGUCGCGGGCGAAGCAACUUGCAAGUAAUGUCUUCGAUCGUCUCGCUGAUCAGGCUGCACUUAGCUAUCAAGAACCUGGCUCUUAUCCAGAGAAGGGCAUCAGCAUGGCACAGCUUCGAGACGACGUUCUUCGGAACGAAUUCUCCUCUUCGCGACGACAAAAGUUAUGGGAGAGGGUGCAGAAGAAGGUCGAAUUCAACUCGAACAUUCGUGCGGCUGUUAGGGAGACGAGCAGUGGUGAUGUUGCUCGCAUGUGGGAAUGGAUUGGCCCAGUCAAGUUGCUUGAGGAUGGGCGUAGCAGUGGCAAACGUGAGAGUGGUCGGUUUAGCCUUGGAAUGGGCAGCCCUCCCACGGCAUCGAAAGACAUGAAGGAGGUCAAAUUGUGGAAGGAGGGUCGACCUGCCUACUAGGUUUGGGUUGCGAUUUUGGUGUAUUUGAUAUGGAUCACAAGUUGAUGGUGCUAUUUUGGAGAGAGAUCUGAUGAAAUCGCAUGAUACCACAUCGUAAUGUUUG